AAGCUCUUAUAGCACGGUUCGCAACUCGUUCGUCUGACCGCAAACGAUUUCACCGAUUAAUCAAAAUCAAUUGCCUUUUAUACAACGAUAUCUGUUUAAUUAUAAUAAAUAAAAAAAAAAAACAAAAAUUAAAAUAUAUUUCCACAAUGACAGAAGCAACCGUCAUCGGUAAGACACCGAAUAAUCGUCCGUCGUCGCCGCGUCAGUUCUUCGAACGUCUUUACGGUCAUCUCGAAUCUAACGAAACGUCGCAUAUUAAUCGUAGUGUCGGUGCUAGUGAUUCAAUCCAUUCUGCGGAAAAUAUCACCUCCAGUGAUAAAGAUACAAAUUGUGUACCCAAUGUGAGUGCAGCUGUAUGUGAUAGCACUUAUCAAAGCGAUGAUGGCAGUCUGUCAUCUCCAGAGAUUUCCAUAAACGACGAAAGAUUACCGAAUUCUUAUGAUCCCUACAGUGCGCACGAAUAUGAUAAGGCUUAUUAUGCCUCAAGGGCCACAAUUCCAAACAUACCUUUUGGAUUUCCGGGUGAACCACAUUUCGCCGCUGGAUUUACGGCGUUCCUUGCUCGCCGCAGACGGAAGGAAGGUCGCCAGAGACGUCAACGCACUACAUUCAGUACUGAGCAGACUUUGCGGCUGGAGGUGGAGUUUCAUCGUAAUGAGUAUAUUUCGCGAAAUCGUCGCUUUGAAUUGGCGGAAACAUUGCGUCUUACUGAGACGCAGAUAAAAAUUUGGUUUCAAAAUCGACGCGCGAAGGAUAAACGCAUUGAGAAGGCACAAAUUGAUCAACAAUAUAGGAAUUUUGUCGUGGCCAAUGGUUUUAUGACAACAAUAAUGGGACAUCAUACCGCAAGCUAUCCGCCAGCCAUGCCAAUGAUAACGAAUAUGCAUCAGGGUUUUUACCAACAACAACCAACAGCAGCAAUACCAGCAACAACAAUAGCCGGUCCACCACAACCACCUCCACCGCUGCCAACAAGGACUUCACCACUGACACGCAACUCGACUGCCUUACAUACAACGGAUAGUCUUAACAACAAUAACAACAAUAAUAAUAACAUUAAUAUCGGCGCUAACACACCGUCGUUAAAUGGUAAUUUUUACACACAAACAACAACAACACCAGCAGAACUACAACCACCAACAUCGCACACACCACAACUAAACACGAUUCAUCCAGAGCACGUUAAUGGUCGAUAUGCGGAUGUGAAUGAACGCACUUUUUAUCGAACAGCAAACGGAAUCGGUGCGUCCAAUGGCUUGAGUUCACUGAUAGAUUCCUGUUAAUCCGUUAAUCCACUGCGUGGAGGAGUUAAGCAGCGAACAGUUGUUUUGAAAUUACGUGGAUUAGACUUAAUUUAAAAAAGUAUUAUAUUUUUUAUAUUACGAGUUUAUCAAAUUUAAUUUAGCUAAGCAUUAUUUGAAUAGUUAUUAGUGUAUGUGUACGAUUUAAUAUUUAUUAUAUAUGUAUGUA